CGCACAAUGGAUGAACUCACUCUCGAGUACCGCCAAAACAAGGCGAUCAUCACGCUUAACAACCCUCAAAAACUCAACGCCCUCACCUUAGAACAAUACUACCUGCUUGCCUCGUAUCUCCGCGAAGCAGCCAAACGACCGGAUAUUCAUAUCACCGUCCUAACAGGGACAGGGCGAUUCUUCUCAGCCGGUAUAGACCUGAAAUGGACCAAGGCGAAAGAAUCAACCCCCGGCAAUGCAGCUCCAGAGGAGCUCCAUCCGCGCCAUGCGGCCACCAACAGCCUCGCGCACAUCCCCGACGUCACAGAGGCCUUUUACAACCACCCAAACAUCCUCAUCACAGUGCUCAACGGGCCUGUCGUCGGGCUUUCCGCCGCCCUUGUUGCGUACUCGGAUUUUGUCUACGCGACGCCGCAUACCUACCUUCUCGCUCCAUUCACGACCCUGGGCAUAGCGGCCGAGGGUGGGUCGACGGCAAUUUUCAUACAGAGGUUGGGGGUUGCAAAGGCGAAUGAAGCACUCCUUCUAUCGAAACGGAUCUCAGGUGCGGAGUUGGUGCAGGCUGGGUUUGUGAAUGCGGUUUUUGAGACAGGGGAAGACGGCGGCGGCGGCGGCGAACAGGGAAUCCUGGGGCAGGUGCUGGAGGUUGUGGAUCGGGAGUUUGCACGAUUGAAGAUUGCGAGUGUGCUGGAGAAUAAGAGGUUGAUGAGGGGGCAGUUUGUGCCGAAUUUGGCGGCCCAGACGCUGAAAGAGACACUGGCCGUCGUGGCGAGUGUCGAGGGGGUUAUUGCACAGCGGAAGAAGGGGAGACUUUGA